AUGGGUCGACUCGACCGGAGUUAUGCCACGGCCUCGCUGAAAAACAACCUGUUCCAAACGAUAUUCCUGACGCUGUCGCUGGUGUAUGACCUGAUGGAAUGGCUGGACAAACACGACUCCAGCCUGGGCAGGAAGCUGAAGUUCGUCAGGGAUGUCAUGUUUUGUGGUCUUGUGGUGCCGUUGACACUGUUCAUAUCAUCGAUGUUCUGGACCGUAUAUUGGAUAGACCGAGAGCUGGUCUUUCCCCAAGUAUACGACCAACUGGUUCCAUGGUGGUUCAACCACUGUGUCCACACCAACAUUGCUGUAGUGGUGUUGAUUGAGACGCUGCUGCUAGCCAGAAGACACCCUACCCAUUACAAGUUGGAGCUAUCGCUGACAGGUGGCGCUGGAGUCAUUUAUGCUAUUGUAUACUAUUCAAUAUACUUCUUCUCCCACCGCUGGUUGUACGGAGUCUUCGGCAUCAUGACCUGGUGGCAAGUCUGUCUGUACCAACUCCUGAUCUGGGGAUCCACAUUCGUCUUCUACUACAUCCAGUUCCCCAUCAACAGGGUAUUCCAUCGAGAGGAGUCGGAUACACAAAAGAAUGUAACCCAAGAACCAAAGUCUGGCGUGCAGAAUGGUGGUUAUGAAGAACCAUCGUCUGGCGUGCCAGACUCUUGGCUAAAACAGAGACCGAAAAGCCAAAUCGAAAAUUCUAGUUUCUGA